UAGAGCUUCGCGCGGUUCCUGUGAUCUGAUCAUUAGUGUUUAGUGGUUAGACAUGAGAAAGGACGCUCGCUCGAGUGUAGCGUAGGAAGCUUUAUUUGACUUUAGUGAGUUUGAGAACUUGGCCGAAACUUUCUGAACGUCUGAACAGAAGAAUGGAGCCGAUAACAAAGUGGACACCGACUCAGGUCGUGGACUGGAUCAGAGGGCUGGACGACAGUCUCCAGCAGUAUGUUCCUAACUUCGAGAGAGAGAAGAUCAGUGGAGAGCAGCUUCUGAAGAUUUCCCAUCAGGAUCUGGAGGAGCUGACGAUGACCCGCGUCGGCCAUCAGGAGCUGAUUCUGGAGGCUGUGGAUCUGCUCUGCGCAUUGCACGUGGUCAUCAUCAUAUGCAAGAAGACUCCCCUGACAGGAAUCAGUGAUUUCACUUCAACCAAAAACAAGAUCAUUCAGCUCUGUCUGGAACUGACCACAACUGUCCAGAAGGACUGCACAGUGUUUGAAAUGGAGGAGAAGAUAUUAGAAGUGUCACGUGUUUUGACUGGCAUUUGUGAUUCCACCAUGAGGAUCACCUCUGACCCCUUAAAGAGUCAAAUGACCUGUUUGGAGGAAGUCACCAUCACUAAUAUCAAAGCAGACGAGGGACUGGGAAUGUAUAUCAAAUCCACUUACGAUGGGCUGCACGUCAUCACCGGAACCACAGAAAAUUCUCCAGCAGACAGAACUCAGAGGAUUCAUGCAGGCGAUGAGGUGAUACAAGUCAACAGACAAACAGUGGUGGGCUGGCAGUUGAAGAAUCUGGUGGAAAAGCUCAGAGAAGAUCCUCAGAAUGUGACACUAAUGGUGAAGAAAAGACCAUCAGGUACCUGCGGCUUCACACCAGCACCGCUGAAAAACAUGCGCUGGAGACCCCCUGUCAUCCAGAGCCCAUCGUAUGUGCCUGCCGCCCAGUCAUCCAGAAAUCCUGUGCAAAUCAAGCGUCCGGAGAAACCUGCAAUUUUAGAUCUCUAUAUUCCUCCUCCUCCUUCCAUGCCAUACAGCCCACGGGAUGCAGAGACGAGUGAAUAUGCAGGAGUAAAGAUGAGACCAAAAGGUUCAGAGUCGCCCAACUCAUCUCUGGAUUUAGCUAGUAGACGGCGCUCAAAUAUCAGUGACUACAACAGCAAACCUAGCGUAAACCCAGCUGAGUUCGCCGUCCCACAAGCGCGACUGAGACAGCGGACCCCAUCUAGAGGUAAGCCACGUCCCAUGUCCAUGCCAGUAGACACUUGCCUAGGCGUGUCGGACUCCCCCUCCAGACCCUGGGCUCUUGGACGGAAAGGUGAUGAGAUCUUGCACAGGUAUCUGAGUAACGAACAGAUCCCCACCAUCUCAGAAGAGUCGCCCUGUUACCCGCUGCCCUACCGCCCCACAGGAGAACGCCAGCUCAUCCGAGGGGUCGACCACAUCCGCGGCAGCCAGUGCUUUAUCAACGCAGACCUACACACCAGCGCCACCAUACCCUACCAGGAGGCCGUCGCUCGGAAGCCUGCAGCCAAAUCUUCCAAGAGACCCCCCUCAGAACCCUCACUGUUCAGCAGCUGGAUCGCCCGACUCAAGCUGCUCACACACUGAACAUCUGUCCGUCUGCAGUAUUGUCACUUCAGAUCCAGAAUCAGAUCCAGAACGCUCCACAGGACCUGUUGAAAUUCAGUUGGGUCAGUAUUAAAGACAUCCUCAGUGAAAUGCCUGUUACUUUAUUUAAGGUUUCUUCAGCAUUAAGGACACUACUGAAAACUCUUUCUCUGAUAAAUCAGGUCUUCAAAAGGAUUUUCACUUGGAACUGUGUUAUCAAUAAGUUAUUUAAUUGUGUGCAUAUAUUGUAUUUUAUUGAUACAGGUCAAGCAUAUUUCCCACUUAAUAAAUAGCUUUUUUAAACAUAUGCUUUAGGUAAGUUAAAGAUAUGUUAUCUCUGAAACAAGAAAGAGACUGUACUUACUUGCAUACUGUACAUGCAAGAGAAUUUUUUUUUUUUUAAUA